AACACAUUCUAAUAGAAAAGACACAAAACCAGAAAAAAAAAAAAAAAAACAAGAACAAAAAAAAAAAUAUUAAUUUUGUUUCUUGCUGAUCAAUCUUGAUGCACACCCGAAAGAAACUUGUAGGGCUUCCCUUGAAACUCCAAACAGAGCCAUUUUGGGAUUGCACUGGGAAACAGGAAGGUGCUCGCUGUCAAUCAUGCAUUGAUCUGUGUACAUAGAAAAACAUCACCGUACGCCUGGCCCAAGAACAAUAGCACAUUUUUUGCAGCCGGGGCUGUGGUGUCGGUGGAUGAAACCUUCAAGAAGUGGAUCCCAUCACAGGAGGAUUUGUGGGGCCCCAAGAACUCUUCCUGCCUCCCCCCCAGAGCCAGCAGAGCCCAGGCAGGCGCCCUGAUCAGCAGCAUGCCGAGGAGAAAGCAGCAAGCGCCCAGGAGAGCUGCAGCAUAUGUCUCGGAUGAGUUGAAGGCAGCCGCCCUUGUUGAAGAUGAUGCUGAAGCUGAGGAUUCCGUGGUUGAAGGCGAGCCAUCUGCAAAAUAUGUGUGUCCUGAAAAUAACUCUCCAAGCUAUCAGCACUCUCCUGCCGGAGAAUUCUCCAGCCAUGAGAUGGACAGCGAAUCUCACGUCAGUGAGACCAGUGACCGCAUGGCUGACUUUGAAAGUAGCUCCAUCAAAAAUGAAGAGGAGAGCAAAGAGAUGUUGGCUCCUUUGGAGGACUCCAAUGUGUCAGACAGUUUAGAGCAGAUGAAAGCUGUCUACAAUAAUUUCCUUUCAAAUUCUUACUGGUCCAACCUCAGCUUAAAUCUUCACCAGUCGACUUCAGAAAAGAACAAUGCCAGUAGCAGCAGCAGCAGCAGUAGCAGUAGUAGCAGCUGUGGAAGUUUUGACUGGCACCAGACAGCCAUGGCUAAAACGCUACAGCAAGUAUCUCAGAGCCGAGUCCUACCUGAGCCAAGCCUCUUCAGCACUGUCCAGCUGUACCGACAGAGCAGCAAACUCUAUGGUUCCAUUUUCACAGGUGCCAGUAAGUUCCGUUGCAAAGACUGUAGCGCUGCAUACGACACACUUGUAGAACUGACAGUUCACAUGAAUGAAACUGGGCAUUACAGAGAUGAUAACCAUGAAACCGAUAACAAUAACCCAAAACGGUGGUCAAAGCCACGUAAACGUUCAUUACUUGAAAUGGAAGGCAAGGAGGAUGCCCAAAAAGUUUUAAAGUGCAUGUACUGUGGUCAUUCAUUUGAAUCGCUUCAGGACCUAAGUGUUCACAUGAUUAAAACAAAACACUACCAAAAAGUGCCUCUUAAAGAACCUGUUACCCCUGUAGCAGCAAAAAUUGUCCCAGCUUCUAGGAAAAAGCUCUCUCUAGAACUUGAUCUUCCAAGUUCUCCUGAUUCAACAGGAGGGACACCAAAACCAACUAUUUCAGAUGCAAAUGAAGCUUUGCAAAAGAAUUCAAACCCAUAUAUCACACCAAAUAACCGGUAUGGGCACCAGAACGGGGCCAGUUAUGCUUGGCAUUUUGAAGCUAGAAAAUCCCAGAUACUUAAGUGCAUGGAAUGUGGCAGCUCACACGACACAUUACAAGAACUUACUGCCCACAUGAUGGUCACAGGACAUUUUAUAAAAGUGACCAAUUCAGCACUUAAGAAAGGAAAACCUGUCAUGGAAGCCCCUGCUACACCAACCUCUUUACUGGAUGAAAAAAUACAGUCUGUACCAUUAGCUGCCACCACAUUUACACCUCCUGCUAAUAAUAACGCUUCCCUUUCACCAAAACUGACUGUUGAAGUAAAAAAAGAAGUGGACAAAGACAAAAGUAUCACAGAUGAUAAAGUUAAAGAUAAGGAAAAGACAACUGAAGAAGAGGAAAAGUUUGACGUUUCUUCAAAAUACCAUUACCUGACAGAAAAUGAUUUAGAAGAAAGUCCUAAAGGUGGGUUAGAUAUCCUCAAGUCUUUAGAAAAUACUGUAACAUCUGCCAUUAAUAAAGCUCAGAAUGGUACUCCAAGUUGGGGGGGCUACCCAAGCAUUCAUGCUGCCUACCAGCUCCCUAACAUGAUGAAGUUAUCGCUAGGCUCCUCAGGUAAAAGUACUCCAUUAAAGCCAAUGUAUGGUAAUAGUGAUGUCAUGUCACCUACCAAAACUCAGCCACUGGUGUCACCUCCAAGCAGUCAGACCUCCCCUGUGCCAAAAACUAACUUUCAUGCCAUGGAAGAAUUAGUCAAAAAAGUGACAGAAAAAGUAGCAAAAGUGGAAGAGAAAAUGAAGGAGCCAGAGGGGAAAUUUUCUCCAGUUAAAAGAGCAACCCCAUCUCCGAGUGGAAGUGAGAUAAGUGAACCUCCAAAAGGUGAUGUUUUGAAUGACGUUGUAUUUAAAAGCCAGCAAAACAGUCCAGUUUCACAAAAAGACAGUGGCAAGGAAAGCUCAAGUCUUGAGCCAGUAGAAAAUGGCAAGGACCACGUCAAGUCAAUAAUAGGCAGCUUAAGUGGGAGUACGGCUAUAAUAACGGACCACCCUCCAGAACAACCAUUUGUUAAUCCAUUAAGUGCUUUGCAAUCUGUAAUGAACAUUCACCUUGGCAAGGCAGCUAAGCCCUCUCUCCCGGCCCUGGAUCCCAUGAGCAUGCUAUUUAAAAUGAGUAACAGCUUGGCUGAAAAAGCUGCAGUAGCGACCCCACCUAUCCAAUCCAAAAAAACAGACCACUUAACAGACCGUUAUUUUUAUCAUGUCAACAAUGACCAGCCCAUAGAUUUGACGAAAGGAAAGACUGACAAAAACUGCUCUUUGGCUUCAGCGCUUUUGUCACCCACAUCGACAUCUUCUGCAUCUUCUUCAUCUACAGUGACAACAGCAAAGACAUCUGCAGUCGUGUCAUUCAUGUCAAACUCACCGCUACGCGAGAAUGCCUUGUCAGAUAUAUCUGAUAUGCUGAAGAACCUGACAGAAAGCCACACAUCAAAAUCUUCUACACCUACCAGUAUAUCUGAAAAAUCUGACAUUGACGGUACCACAAUAGAAGAACCAGAAGAAAACACACCAGCUCAGAAAAGGAAAGGGCGGCAGUCCAACUGGAACCCACAGCAUUUGCUUAUCCUACAGGCCCAGUUUGCAGCUAGUUUACGUCAGACGUCCGAAGGCAAAUACGUCAUGUCAGACUUGAGCCCUCAAGAAAGAAUGCACAUUUCCAGGUUUACAGGACUUUCAAUGACCACAAUUAGUCACUGGCUAGCUAAUGUGAAAUACCAGCUACGAAGGACAGGUGGGACCAAGUUCCUCAAGAACUUGGACACUGGACAUCCUGUGUUCUUUUGUAAUGACUGUGCCUCGCAAAUCAGGACACCCUCAACGUAUAUCAGUCACCUUGAAUCACAUCUAGGUUUUAGAAUAAGGGACUUGUCUAAACUUUCUAGUGAACAGAUACACAAUCAGAUAGCACAAACAAAAUCCCCAUCUGAAAAGCUGGUAGCCUCCUCCCCAGAAGAAGAGACUGGAACUUCCUAUCAGUGUAAGCUUUGCAACCGGACAUUUGCGAGCAAGCACGCUGUGAAACUUCAUUUGAGUAAAACACAUGGGAAGUCUCCAGAAGAUCACCUUCUGUAUGUGUCAGAGCUAGAAAAGCAGUAGUAUUUGCUUUUUUUAUUUUAUUUUAUGUUAAAAUGACUGUAAUUUGCUUUGAGGAAAACUGUCAGGAAAAAGCCUUAAAGCUACAAUACUUGGCACACGUUCCUAUUUUGUCUCCGGAGAGACACACUCUCUCUCUAUCUCUCUGGGGGUGCGAACUGUUUUUGUAAAACUGUACAGUGUUUAAUAGAGGUGCAUAUUCAGCUGUUGUUACAGGUAACACGGAGGUUAUAAUGCCAUGGGAAGUGUUUGGGACUUGUGUAAAUCGUAAUAGCUGUGCGCCAGACUGCAUGAAUUAACAGGACAGUUUAAUGAAGCAUUUAUAUCUAAAUCUGGUACACUAUUUUUCAUUUGACCUGUGUGCUAGUAUUUUUCAGCAUAUGACCUUUAGCCCUCUGAGUACUUUGGAGCACUAUUUUAUGUUAUUUGGGGGAAGGAGGCCUUCUUUUUAUCAUUAUUUAUUUCUUUUCUAAAUAAAAACUACUGGCUCAGAUCCACUUCAUGAUUUAAUUCUACAACUGCAGUCUUUUUUUAUUUUUUAUCUUACUGAAAUGACAAUUCCCUGGGACCUUGAACGCAUCGCAGUGCAAUGCGCAACUGACCCCUUAUGCUUGAAAAGGGUUAAAUAAAAAAAUGUAUAUAGUGUACAGACAUGCAUUUUGGAGAUUGUGAUCAAUGUUGUCAGCAAAAGCCCCAAACCGGCCCUAAUCUCACCCAUCCUGGAACACCCUACAAUUUUGAGUAUUUUUUUUUUUUUUAAGUAGCCAAUGCAGUAUCCCCUUUAACACAAGCUGUGCCUAUGUAUAGUGUACAUUUCUUUUAAAAUAACCUUUAAAAUGCCAGCAGAAAAGGAUUGCUGUUUUUUGGCAAUGAGAGAGGUUUGUUUCUAUAAAAUAAAAAAUAAUUCACCCCAACAGUGUAAAUUAUUCAAUGCAUACGACACAUAGUCUUUAUAAAAUAUAAAAAAAAAAACUAUUAUUCUAAAAACAAAAAAAACUAUGAUUGUUUUACUAUACAUCUAUAUUGUUAAAAGUUCAUGUUUAAAUUAUACAUAUUUAUUAGUGAUGUAAUAUCAUUUGCUGCCAAGAAUAAUUGAAGUCACGGACCACAGGAAUACGUAACCGGCACUGCUAUUCUAUUUAAUUUUUAAAUUUUUUUUUUGCACAAAACUUUUUUUAAAUUUUUUUUUUAUAUAUUUAUUAAUGUGAAACAAAUAUAUUCCAAUCAUUCUCAGUGCUCAAAGGGUUAAACAAAAAAGUAUUUGGAUCAUAAAAAAAUAAAAGUGUACUGUAUUUCCUAAGAAUUGCUAAUGCUUUAAAAUGGAAAACGAAAAAAAAUAAAAAAAUAAAAACUGUUUGUACUAGAAAACUUUGCUUACAACAUGAAGAGGCAUUCUGUAAUAUAACCUCUUUUACUUAUUUAUAAGCACCUCGGGUUGUUAGCCCGUAUUGUAGAAUGCCUUUUUAUUUCAUUUUUGUAAGUUUUUUUUUCUGUUUUGUUUUGUCUAAUUAUCUUCCCAAGAUCCCAUUCUGCCGCUUUAUCUUAAAGCAUAUGAAAGGUAACCCGUGGUUACCAACUCACUAAGUGAUUCUGUUCUUCUCCAUUUUUGGCAGUUAAUUUGCAGAAAUAACUGACAGCUGACACCAUACAAGGAAAAUGUGUAUACAAUAUUGGCAUGUAAACAGCAUAGACACUGUAAUGCACUCUGUGUCCUUUUUCUGUUGUUGACAAUGAAAUAUCAUUAUAUGAAUCUUCUUCAUAUAACCUUUUUUUUCUACAACAGCAUUAAAAAUUGUCU